AUGGGCGAAAUUCGGACAGCCGAGACCAUCCAAGAGCAGCGCCGGCAGCAAUGUCAGAUGAGUACGCUAUGCGUGCUGGGCUCCUCCGUGCUGACCACCCUCAUCAUUAUGUUGGCCUUCCCUGCCAAAGUGGUGGUUCCUGCCUCCGAGCCAGCGAAGCCUGCAGCCAAACCAUAUCCAGCCGCCUGCUCGGCUCACACCAACUGUGCAGAUCAGCAGGGGGACUGCUGUCCUACGAACGCUGGAAUUCUGAUGGGAUGCUGCAGCCAAAUCAAUGCUGAAACCAAUCUGUCACCUUUCCACGGGAUGUGCUAUGCCCCCACGCCAGCGAAGAACGUGACCACGCUGCCAACGGAUGACUAUAUGGCCAAGUGGGCUCAACCCCUGUGGGGCGCCGGAGGAUCUAAUCGAGACGAUCUGAACGCCAUUCGACAGAUGGGCUUCAGAGUCCUGCGCGUCUAUGGCAACGAUCCUCGACUGAGCCAUGUGGGUUUCCUGAAUCGCUGCAAGGCGUUGGGGCUCAAGGUAGUCGUGGCCUUUUCGGACUGGCCAUACACCCAGGAUCCCGACGGCAUGUGCGCCACCGCUCCACCCUACUCUUGCUUCGCCGAAGUGAGGCAGCAGUUUAGCGCCAUGCUGGCGAACGGCUUUGUGUGGAGAGAUAUGAAGAACGGCGGAGAAGCGCAGUACCAUCCAGCCAUCGAGGCGAUCAUUCUGAUCAACGAACCAGAGCUGAAGAUCACCUACCAAGGCCAAAUUGCCAAAGAGUCCUUGAGCAAAGGGUACUACACGAAGGUCCUGCUGAGCGCCUUAGACGGUGCCCUUAGUGCCGAGAGUGACCUGAAGUUGGCUGGGCCCAAGCCGCCCUUCACUGUGGUCCACUCGUUUUCUACCUGCGAAAGCUGCAUUUCCAGUGUGGCAGGCAACAAAGCUGGAGAGGUGCCGGUGGGGAACCAUGCAGCCUUGGGCUUCUUCUAUGAUUUCGUCCUGGGAGCCUUGAAGCCAGAGCUCUUCGACUACAAGCCACAGCACGACCUGAAGGAAGCAUUGCAAAACCGCUGGGCCUUGGGCUUCAACACACAGGACACCUCAGACGUGAUUUGCAGUCAAGUGCUGGAGCCAUUGAAGGACACACCCUUGUCGGGUCUACCUAUUUGGGCAGGCGAGUACAAGGCAUGGUACCAGUCUAUGCCGGAGAGCAAGGUGAAAGACUUUAAGCAGGAUUUCGCCACGGUCACCAGUUGGUUGGGGCAAAGUGGCAGCUGCGAUGGAAAAGGUGCUCCCAUCACAGGUGUCUCCCUCUUUGAGUUCCAGGUGUCGUACUUCAAGGGACCCGGCGAUCAUCAGAUGACCUUUGGCAUCUACGAGCUGGGGAGCACGCAGUUGGGUUCCACCGCAAAGGCCGAGGAAACCAAGUGGCAGGACUUCCCGGUGUGGUGCCGACGGCAGCGACGAAACAACGAUGGAGAUAGCUGGGCACAAGCUGCUGCAGAGGCAUUUUCGUGGGGAGUGGAGGUGAUGGGUGGCACUGUUUUGGACGAUAGCAAGUGCCCCAAGGACGCGGAGAAUGCCGCGGUCGCGGAGGAACUGGCCGUCCAAGUUUGA